AUGGGUCCAUCAACAACCUCAACCGUAUACGCAGCGGAGCUCAAGGGCCUGGGGUUGGCGUUAGGGAUCUUACAUGAUAUACACACCAAAACUAACAGCCCAGGCCGAUGUGUCAUCUUCACUGACAAUCAGGCUGCCCUCCAAGCAAUACAGAACCCUAAAUGCCCAUCUGGACAGUACAUCCUGAUCGAGACGAUAGAGGCACUGGAUGAGCUCCGCAGCCAUGGCUGGGAGAUACAAUUCCGCUGGAUUCCCGCGCACGUCGGAGUGCCGGGCAACGAGGCGGCAGACGAGGCGGCGAAGGAGGCUGCAAGGCCGCACCCACCGGUCACAGAAUCGCCAGGAACAGGUACCCUUCGGAUCCUGACGGCAACCACGAAGACCCGGAUUCGCCAAGAGCUGAUAAAUGAAUGGGAGGAUUCCUGGACCAAGGCCAAACACGGACGGGAGCUCUUCCGACUAGGAGUGCGCCCCAGCAAAUCGACACUCAAAGUCCACAGCGGAACUCACAGAGCCAUCAGCUCCGUCAUAACGCAGAUGCGUACAGGCAAGAUCGGAUUACGCGCCUACUUGAACGGUAUCAACAGAGCCGACACAGACCAGUGCCAGUGCGGACACGGGCCGCAAACGGUGAGGCAUAUCCUCCUGGAAUGUAGAGAGUGGGUGGAGGAACGGGAGCAGAUGUGGGCAGGCAAGCAACCGUGUAUGGACGUCAAGCGCAUACUCUGCAGCCCAGCCAUGGCAGUACAAGCAGCAAAGAUGAUGAUCAGGACAGGGCUGCUGGAGCAAUUCCGGGCAGUGCCGUCCACGGUACUCGAAUAUGUAUAA